AUGGCUGGUGGGUCUUCAAAUCGUGGAUGUCGAGGAGGUAAAGGAAGGGGGAGCCCGAGGCAGAAGAAGGGGAAGCAUGUGGUUCCUGAGCAUGGCACAUGCGAAAAGCCAACAUAUGACCCUACCUCUUGGUGGGGGGAGAAAUUUCCAGACAAUUUCAAGUUUAGGCCCAUUGCUAGAAAUUUAGUAAAUGUCCAUGUCUGGCAUAGUGGCAAGUUUGUGUCAGAACCUAGUCUGGAUUAUUUAAAUGGUAUAUGUUUUACUGUUGACAAAUGGGAUGUAGAUGAGAUAAAUUCCAUUGAUUUAGGCAAAGUUGUAAAAAGGUUGGGGUAUGUCUCAUUUAAUAUAUGGUAUAGACACCCUGAUUUUGGACUUUCUAGUGGUUGUAAGCCAUUUAGGGAUGAUGGAGAUGUGGUGGCUUUUCUGAAUGAUGUAAAGGGACAUAGUGAAGUUGACUUUUAUGUUGAGCAUUUAGUAGAGGAAGUACCAGAACUUGUAGAUGACUUUCAGUUCCUUGAAUACACACAAGCUGGUCAGGGUGAGGGAGUUAAGGAGAAUGGUGAGGGUUCUGUUGAGGGACUUAAUGAUGGCCAGGGUGGUUCUGGUGAGGGACAAAAUGAGAUUGUUUAUGAGGAUUGUGAGGUAGUUGGUGAGGGAGUUAAUGAAGGACAAAAUGAGAUUGUUAAUGAGGAUUGUGAGGUAGUUGGUGAGGCAGUUAAUGAAGGACAACAUGAGAUUCUUAAUGAGGAUUGUGAUGUAGCUGGUGAGGGACUUGAUGAAGGACAACAUGAGAUUCUUAAUGAGGAUUGUCAGGUAGCUGGUGAGGGACUUGAUGAAGGACAACAUGAGAUUCUUAAUGAGGAUUGUCAGGUAGCUGGUGAGGGACUUGAUGGAAAAGAUGAUAGUGAGAUCAGUUUAGAUGACAGUGACUUUGAUGAGAAGUGGGAGUGGUCCAAAGUCCUUCCAACCUUUGGUUCAGUAGAUGAAGACCAAGUUGCUACCAAGGAUAAAAAUCCAGCUUGUUUGGAUGAAUUUGCAAAUGAGGAUGGAGCUUCUGAUGACUUGGAAACACCACCUGACAGUGAUGAUGAAAUUGGUCAGCAAAGGAAAAAGUUCCCAAUUUUCAAACUCCCUCCAGAUGGUGCAGAGGUUAAGUUUGUAGUUGGGCAGAAAUUUACUACUUCCAAACUCUUUAAAACAGCUAUUAAAGAGUAUGCUCUUCAAAGGAGGAAGAAUGUAAUUUUAGAGAAGAGUGAUAGCAAAAGGGUUGUCAUUAAAUGCGAGAUGAAGUGCAAUUCUGUGGUUGCUGAAGGCCAGCUUAGGUGGGGAGUAGUGCUGAAUAGAUUUCAAGCAUCAAGAAUUAGGACAGCAGCCAAAAAGAUGAUUGAUGGGGCAGAGCAGGAACAAUAUAAACAUCUAAGGAGUUAUGCUAAUGAGCUAUUGAGGAGCAACCCAAACAGCACUGUGAUUAUCAAAAGUGAGAUGGGAGCGGAUGGCCCUGUGUUCCAGAGAAUUUAUGUGUGCUUUGCUGCUUGCAGAAUGGCUUUUGCAAGACACUGCAGACCACUCAUUGGAUUGGAUGGCUGUUUCUUGAAGGGUGUUUAUGGUGGACAGCUGCUUACUGCUGUUGGUAAGGAUGGGAACAACCAGAUGUUCCCAAUUGCCUUUGCUGUUGUUGAGGCUGAGACUAGAGAUUCAUGGGAAUGGUUUGUGUCCCUAUUACUGGAUGAUCUGAACACAAUACAAUCAAGGAGGUGGUCAUUUAUUUCAGAUCAACAGAAGGGCUUGGUUCCCACCUUAGCAGCAUUGAGUGAAGAUGUGGACCAUAGAGUAUGUGUUAGGCAUGUUUAUGGAAACUAGAGAAAGAAGUAUCCAGGAGAGGAAAUGAAAAAUGCACUAUGGUCAGCUGCUAGAUCAUGCACUGUGCCUCAAUUUGACAGGGCAAUGCAAAAGCUUAAGGAGAUGAAUGAAGAAGCAUGGAAGGAUCUAUGUGAGAUACCUCUUAAGCAGUGGGCAAAAGCACAUUUUAGUACUCAUUCUUUGUGUGACCUGCAAGUGAACAACAUGUGCGAAGCUUUCAACAUGGCAAUUCUGGAACACAGGGAUAAACCCAUCAUAUCACUCAUUGAAGGCCUAAAGCACUACAUCAGCUCUCGGAUUGUGAAGCAG